UCCUUUGCACUUCGUUUAAAAGGGCUGAGGCACGCGUGGUCUCAAAGCCACUCCAGAAAUUUCAGGGAUCGUCAGCCAAAACGCAGAACAAAAUCAGAGCAAUGGUUGCCACCGAAAAGGAUCCAAGAGAGGAAGUCAUCCAAGCAUGGUACAUGGAUGACAGUGAUGAAGACCAGAGGCUCCCCCAUCACCGUGAGCCCAAGGAAUUUGUAUCCAUAGACCAACUUACUGAGCUUGGAGUUCUCAGCUGGCGUUUAGAUGCUGAUAACUAUGAAACAGAUGAGGGGUUGAAGAAAAUUCGUGAAGAACGUGGUUACUCCUACAUGGACUUCUGUGAGGUUUCCCCUGAAAAGCUGCCUAAUUAUGAAGAGAAGAUAAAAAGUUUCUUUGAGGAACAUCUUCACACUGAUGAGGAGAUCCGCUAUACUGUGGCAGGAAGUGGCUAUUUUGAUGUUAGGGACCGUAAUGAACGUUGGAUUCGUGUGUGGUUGAAAAAGGGUGGGUUGAUUGUUUUGCCUGCUGGAAUUUAUCACCGCUUUACUUUGGACACAGACAACUACAUAAAGGCAAUGCGACUCUUUGUCGGUGAUCCAGUUUGGACUCCCUUUAACCGCCCUCAUGACCAUCUUCCUGCAAGGCAGGAGUAUGUUAAAUCUUUUGUGCAUAAGGAAACUGGUGACCAUGCAGUUGAUGCUGCAGCAUGAAAUCUGGCAUUUGGUUCUAAAACUGGGAUUUACAAAUAAUGAAGUGACUGUUUUGGCUAUGAUAAAGAUAUAUGUAUGCUUGUAUCAUCUGGGAUGCACCGGUGGCUCCAUAGUGUUAUGUAAUGCUUUGUUUAUCAGUAGCUUGGCCUUGCGUGACUCGAAUAAAUUCCGAAUAAUCUAUACCUAAUGAUCUUUAUCUAUUGAUGCGUAGCUUUGUAAAAA